AUGAAGGCUAGCAAGGCCAAGAAGGUUGCCACGAAGGCCAUGAAGGGUCAGAAGGCUAUGUCCAAGGGAGGUCUUACUGGUGAGUUGGCCAAUGCCACCGAGUUGAAGAAGGCUGAGAUCACAAAGGUGUUGAACGCGUUGGCAGAGAUUGGUGCAGGGGAAGUGAAGAAGACUGGCAAGUUCACUCUUCCAGGGCUCUGCAUGAUCAAGACUCGUCAGAAGAAGGCCACCAAGGCAGGCAAGAGGAUCAUGUUCGGCAAGGAAAUGGUGGUCAAGGCCCAGCCAGCCAAGACUGUUGUGAAGGCAUUUCCAGUGGCAAUGAAGGCUAGCAAGGCCAAGAAGGUUGCCACGAAGGCCAUGAAGGGUCAGAAGGCUAUGUCCAAGGGAGGUCUUACUGGUGAGUUGGCCAAUGCCACCGAGUUGAAGAAGGCUGAGAUCACAAAGGUGUUGAACGCGUUGGCAGAGAUUGGUGCAGGGGAAGUGAAGAAGACUG